UUUUAAAUUUAUUUUUUAUUAUUUUUAUACCAUUGUAAAAAUCUUGUCAUGAAUUUAAAUUUAAGAAACAUAUUGAUUUUUUUUUCAUGAAUCAAGUUUGAUGAUAUUUAGAGAUUUUUUUGUUGAAAAAAAGGAAAGGAAAAUAGUGAAAAUUUUGGUGGGAGAAGAGAGAGGGAAAAUGGAGGGAAAAGCUCCCUUAUUAUUAUUAUGUAGAUUGGAUUCUAAUUUGAUUAACAAAUUUACUUAGAAUUAAAUAAAAUCUCAAUUAGGGGUAUAAUUAAAUAUCAAUUAGAAAUUAAUAAAUUUUAAUUGAAGAUUACAAAUUCCUGAUUCAUUAAUAACUAGCGCGUUAGUUUUUGGAGGUUGGAGAGUGAUGCAAUUGGGAGACUCAUGCUUCGCCUCGCGCAUCCUCGACUCAGUUGCGGAGUUCCUCUACAGCUGAGUCACUCAGCCUCUUCAAAUCAACCAUCUCCAUCUUCCACAAGCGACCUCUCCCGCCUGCUGCAGGGCCCCGUCCCCCGCGCCCACCUCCUCCAAAUCCACGCCCGCGUCUUCCUCCUCAACGCGCACCAGAACCACCUCAUCGCCACUCGUCUCAUCGGCCGCUACCCCUCAAAUUCAGCGCUUAAAGUCUUCCAUCAUCUACGGAACCCUAACAUUUUCCCCUUCAAUGCCAUCAUCAGAGUGUUAGCUGAGGAGGGCCUUUCCUCGAACGCUUUCCUUAUUUAUAAACAACUGAAAUUCCGCCAAAUUUCGCCCAAUGAUUUGACAUUUUCUUUUCUUUUCAAGGCGUGUUCGAGAGGCGGCAUCGGUGGGGAUUGCGUUAAGCUAGUGCAUUCUGAUCUCCUCAAAUAUGGCUUCAUCUCUGACCCUUUAGUUUGCAACGGACUGCUGAUGGUUUACGCCAAAGCAGUCAAGGAUUUAAGCUCUGCUCGCAAAGUGUUCGAUAAAAUGCCUGAUAGGAAUUUGGUCUCUUGUUGGACUUCUUUGAUUUCUGGGUAUGCUAGGAUUGGUUUCACUGGUGAUGCCUUGGAGCUUUUUGUGAUAAUGCUGAAGGAGAAUUUGUGCCCCGAAAGCGACACUAUGGUUAAUGUUUUCUCUGCAUGUUCGAGCCUAACUGCUCGUGAAGCUGAGGAAUGGGUGAAUAUAUUGACACAGUUUGUAAAGAAUGCGGCUUGCAAUGAUUCAGCUUGCGAUUAUGUGAAUACUGUGCUCAUUUAUUUGUAUGGUAAAUGUAGGGAUGUGGAAAAUAGUAGGAAAUCAUUUGAUAAGAUAUCUGAUAAUGGGAAAAAGAGUGUUCUUUGCUGGAAUUCUAUCCUAGGCGCUUAUGUUCAAAACGACUGCGCUUUGGAGGCUUUGGACGUUUUCAAAUCGAUGAUGGAGGAGUAUAACUGUCGUCCAAACCACGUAACCAUGGUUAGUGUGCUCUCUGCUUGUGCUGAGGUUGGGGAUUUAGAACUCGGCUCGUGGGUUCACGAAUACUUGAGGAGUGGAGGGCAGAAGGGUGUGCUAUCAUCGAAUGUCAAUCUUGCCACUGCAUUGAUUGAUAUGUAUUCAAAAUGUGGGGAUUUGGAUGGGGCGAGGGAGGUUUUUGAGCAGAUGAGCAAGAAGGAUGUGGUCUCGUUCAACGCCAUGAUCAUAGGCCUCGCUGUCAAUGGCAAGGGCGAGGAAGCUCUGACACUUCACUCCAAGAUGCAAGAGCUUCAUUUGCAUCCCGAUUCUGGGACUCUACUCGGUGUGUUAUGCGCGUGCAGUCACUCUGGUCUGUUGGAUGAAGGGCGUGAGAUUUUCAAAGGGAUGAUUAGCCCUAGAUUGGAGCACUAUGCUUGCUAUGUGGAUCUCUUGGCUCGGUCUGAUUUGAUUGAUGAGGCGCUUGGUGUGGUCGCCUCUAUGCCUUUCGAGCCUAACAACUUUGUGUGGGGUGCUCUGCUUGCUGGCUGUGUGCUCCACAAUAGGUUGGAACUGGUUGAGGCUCUCUCCACCAAUCUUGUUAAGGUUGAUCCCAAGAAUUCUGCUGGUUAUGUUAUGCUUUCGAACUCGUUUGCUGCAGAUUCUCAGUGGCGUGAUGUGAUGAAAAUGAGAGGGGUUAUGAGGGAGAAGGGGGUUGCCAAGCAACCGGGGUGUAGUUGGAUCAAGAUUGGUGGUGUUGUGCAUGAGUUUGUCGCGGGAUCUGCAUUGUCUCAGCAGUUUCAAAGUGUUCAUCGUGUAUUGGAGUCAUUGUUGAAAGAAAUGCGGCUCUUAGGUUCCUAGUGUUUGGUUUUCCUAUUUGGGAAAGCUCGUGGUUGAAAGAAAGGGGAAGUCUUGUGACAGACUGUCUGGGAACUGGCGAUGUGAGAUAGGCUUCCUAAACUUGAAGCAUGCUUUAAUAUCGAUUACUUGGUUGGAGCAGUGAAGCAUUCUUGCUGUCUUAGAAAUAUAAAUUCAAAAGUUUGCAGCUCCGUCAAUGUACAUUCAUUGUUGAGCAAGUUUGAUUGCUGGAUUGUUGGCCCAUUCUGAAUACUGAAUAAGCUCACAUAUUUUCUUGUGAAA